UUCGCUGUCGUAAAAGCGAAAAACCGCGACGCCUUCCAUCGCGCCCCGUGAAUUACUAUUUACAUCGCGCGCGGUAUAUCGGAUAACUAGCGAAUGUAAUAAAUUCUAGUGGUUGCUGAUUGUGUGUUAUGAAUGAAUUCUAGUCCCGUUAGUUAAGUGUGUCGCGUGUGUGCGCUGUUCGUUCAGUGUCAAUUACCGAUCACCAUUCGCGGGAAAUCAAUACGUCGUCGUGUUUACGUUUUGUUGAGUGAAGCAGAAGACUGCAUUCUGCUGGAGAUUAAAUGUGAUUUAUAUCUUAUUUGAAAAAUCAAAUCAUAGUUCUUGUUUGUGAAUUAAGCAAUUGUGUCAGCGAAACGCAAAAGUGAGUGUUGUUGAGCCUCAGAAAGUGCAUAGCACUUCAUCGAAUUUCAAUGCUUCAAUUUCUCUUCGGCAAGCAAAUAAUGACCUCUUGCUGAGAAGUUGUGUAAUACCAAAGUGCAAUACGGUGUUUCUUUUUGUGUGAUAUUUGUGUUAGAGCUAGUAGUGGCUCCGCGAUAUGGUUACAAGUGUGCUUAUCAGGCUGUUGCACUGCCAAUACAUCUGUUAGCAAGCAAAUAUAGUCCAUCGCUAUUUUCUGUUGCAUUCUGGAAAUAUUCUUAUUGGAAAUUGAUGUGCUAGUGUUUGGUGUUAGGUGUCAGUCCGCGGCCUUUAUGAAUGGCAUGCAUCGUGUCCUUCUUAUUUGUUGGUGAUCUCACAUACUCCAGGAAGAAAUGAAGGCUCCGGAAUAACCGAGAUUAUCACUAACUGCAACUACUUUUAAACCGUUUGAAAUCGAUUUGAUAUUAGAAUAUUGAUUGCAGCAGCGCCAUCAACGGUUUAUUGAACCUUUCGGAGAUCGGCUCUGCGGCGAACACGGCCCUUCUCCUGGAGUAACAACAACAACAGCGAACGAACGACGCAGAACCCCCCUUUUUUGGAUAAGACCGGUCGCUCCGGUCGUGGGGCAGUGGAUGAGGUCGUUUUGAUGAUGGCUCAUUAUUUCCCUAUUGGGCGCACUCUAGCAUGUCCUUCGUGUAGUGGAGUGAUACUAAAUCCGGCCAGAAGAUCGUCGGACAGUCGUGACCCUUCAGUGCACCGCACGUGCACCCACAUACUUACUACACCCGUCUGCAGACAAAUUUCGUGGAUCUAAUGGAUUGGUUCGUGUGGUGAGAGUGCCAACAAUGCACAUAAACAUGAUAUCAUCGCGGUCACCACAGUUGGAAACAGUUUCGUCCAUUGGUGGCGCCAGAAGUUGCUGCUUCCCCGAGACAGGCACCCUCAGUUCAGUUGACACUCAUCAAGCCGUUGCGGGUGGAUGCAGUUGUAGCUGAUCAACGGCCAAAGCGGGACUGUAUUGCGGUUUUUUCUGUGUGCUGCACAAUUUCUGGAACCACUAAUUCGGCCGCGUGCACGCGCGUUGGAAUAUCAGCAUGGGACGGUUAACCAUCAGCUACAGCAACUACUGUCACGAUAGUGGAAUACUCUUCAACCGAGCUGUGAGCAAAUAUUUUAGAAAUUGUGGGGCCCGGAACGAUUCAUCGGAAUCGUCCAGAGGUAGUAGCAGUGGUGAAAAUGGCACCUUGGAUGUGGAAAGAAGCAUUUGCAAUGGAGCAUAUGGAAGAUCGAAUCAAAAAUGGGAGGAAACUACAUGUUCCGAGAGUGAGGAGGACGAGUUCGAAGGAAGUGUCGAACUGAUCGACGAAAAUCGCUUGUGUUAUCGGGCCGAAGGCAAUGCCAAUAUUGUGCUGUCACUGUCGGACAGUCGCCAGGUGCUUAGAUUGAGAAAAUCAGCCGUAGAUGAACAUAAUAGAAAAGACUCGAAUGUAGAUCUCCGACGAUUCGUGAAAUACUCGACUAUGACCGCAAGUCUGUUUUCCCGCCGGUACGUACCUGAACCAAAGCUAGCCCGUCUCAGCUGCCGUCGUCUCGAAGAGUUCAACGCCAAUUUAACUAAAUAUCGACCGGUUAUCAGACUGAACAAGGAAAUUCGCCUGUGUGAUGGCAUCCUAUAUCCGGAUGUAGCUUUUUUGCCGGAGAAACUGUAUCCAAUAGAAUUGGCUCAAUCAGGAGAUGCCCAGGAUGCCAAAGGGUUAUCUUUUAACACGUACUGUGUUGAAAUCAAACCGAAACAAGGAUGGUCCUUCCUGGACGAAUGCCAUGGAGAUGAUCCGGACCGCCAAAGAGCAUUUCUAGAUUAUGAGAAAAGCAUACUGCCGGAAUUGAUGGGAGUUCGGAAAUGUCGAUACUGUUUAUACCAGUAUCUGAAGCUCCAGAAAAAUACCGUUGGAAAGGUUAGCAAAUAUUGUCCGCUAGAUUUGUACUCUGGCAAACCCGUUCGAAUGCUACACGCCAUCAAGGGUCUGAUCGGGGCACCACAGAACAACUUCAAACUGCUCAGAAACGGACGGAUCGUUUAUGAUGAGAAACAGGACAAAUCGGUCUUCAACCGAGUGCUCAAAGAAAUCUUCUCGCGGGAUGGACGCACGAAAGAAGAGCGGAAAACCAUUUUUAUGAACCUUAUAAAAGAGAUUCUGCUGAAGGAUUUUACUACCUACGACGAGGCUCCCACUUGUGAUCGAAGACUGCUAUCGAUUAGAAAGAAUAGAAAAAAGAAGGAUACAAAUCUGAUUCACCUGCGAUCCUGCAGUCCAAUUAACUACGAGUUUUUACCGAAAAACUGUGCGCUCAAGCAAAUAUUGGAUGCGCAACUUUUAGUGAAGUCAAGCCUGCUCAAGAUUCACACGGACACGUUUCGACAGGAUAACAGUACUGCUGACUCUUUCGUAUAUAUCGAUGAGCUGUUCGAAAAAUAUGUCGACUACCUUGAGGAUUGCCCCUGUUGCGGAGAAAGAGAAGGAAAUGGCAAUUUCUCCGACACGUACCUGAGUGAGGAAGAACGUUAUCAAUUAGGUGCCACCGCUAUGGAUUGUUCCGUUAUGAUCACUUUUCGAAGGUUGACUGAUCGAGAAGAAAUCAGAUUGCCACCGGCGGCCGAGAAUCACAUCGUCGACAUCGCAUCCAUGCAGUUCCUCGUUAAUGUAACCAUCACAGAUCUCGACCCGAAGUCGCUGGACCAUCACAGAAAGUAUCUCAAGCAGCUGCGGGACUCUGCCGGAGCCUAUCGGGAGUUUAUGGCUAGGAUAAAGCGCAAAAGUUGUGGUUGAUGAUAUUGCAAUACUAGCUAGUAAUAUGUACAAGUUUUUUUUAUAAAUAUUUAAAAUUGCUAGAAAUACUCCUAUUUAUCAGAUCGUGUUCGUAGAAAUUUUUACACAGGGUUCAGAUAGGUUUUAAGUAGUAUUCCAAUUAUUUCUAAUAGAGUCUACACAAUACAAGUUUUAUUUAUCUCAAUUGUACCAGAUAGCAUUUUAUAUUCCGAUCAUUUUGAACCACUUUUUUAACUAUGUAAGACAUAAUUUAUUUCAAUCCUAGGGAAACAACAAAUUGAUGUGAAAGAAUAUUAUCGAUAAAAGACGUGAAAUUAGUUAAUAACAGAGCGUAACACUGCGAUAGCUAAAAACAACAAUAAUACGUAAUUAUUGAAUCGAAAUACUGACUUUGCUGCAACAUAAAUGUACGAUAUAUUCACUAAAUCGUUUUAAACUAGCCUUAGGCACAUUUCUUUUCACCUUCACCGCGUUUAGUGUUUAUUUCUGGAACAUUCUCCAAAAGAAAUCCUUCAUAUAUAUAGCAAUUUUAAGUAGUAGAAUUAGUAAUGCGGUACGCUAACUAUUCAACCAUUCCACGUCAAACCGAUAUAGCGGUUCUCAGAUUUUCGUCAAAAGUGGUAAUUUUGUUCUCUAUUACAAAACAUUUGACCCGCAUCUUUUUUUUUUUUAUGAGGGAGACCAUUUUGAUUUUAGGGUGGUCCAAAAAAUAUUUUUUUUACUUUUUCCCAAAAAUGACUUUUAUUUAAAAUUCCUAACUUUUGAACUAUUCAGAUUCAGAUG